AUGUCAGGCUUUUAUCAACUCAACCUUUCAACACACUCUCACUUCACCUAUACAGAUACUCCUCAACACAUCAAAACCAAGUAUCAACUUCAUUAAUCACAAUAGACCCUUACCAAGUCCUUAGGCAGAAGAAAUUGAAACUUUUAGUUUGGAUGAUUCUUGGGACAGCAACAUCUCUCCAACAAAUAAAAAGACAUUCAAAGUUGAUAAACCCAUCUUGGUUAUCCAGUAUUUGGAUUGCAAAUUAAGAGACUAAUUUUGA